AUGGCAUACCUCUCGUACUACGCAGGCUCAGGCGCCUCCCUCGCCAUCCUGUUCGGCCUCUACCUCGUCCUCACAGGCCAGGGCGAGCGCUUCAAUGUCGGCAACUUCCUCGCCGAGUCGAGCCCAUACCUGUGGGCCAUGAUCGGUAUCGGACUCUGCAUUGGUCUCAGCGUCGCCGGUGCUGGAUGGGGUAUCUUCAUCACCGGUGCCUCCAUCCUCGGCGGUGGUGUGCGCGCACCCCGUAUCCGUACCAAGAACCUCAUCUCCAUUAUUUUCUGCGAGGUUGUGGCCAUUUACGGCGUCAUCAUGGCCAUUGUCUUCUCGUCCAAGCUGAACGGUAGCGUCGAGAACAUUUACACUACGGGCAACUACUACACUGGCUUUGCUCUCUUCUGGGGCGGUAUCGCUGUUGGCGUGUGCAACCUCCUCUGUGGUGUUUCGGUCGGUGUGACUGGCUCGAACGCUGCGCUUGCCGACGCUGCCGACUCGCAGCUGUUCGUCAAGAUCCUCAUCGUCGAGAUCUUCGGCUCGAUCCUUGGUCUCUUUGGUCUGAUCGUCGGCCUCCUCAUCUCUGGAAAGGCAGAGGAGUUUGCCUAA